CGAGCGUGUGAGCAUGUCUGGCCGGGGCAAGGGCGGCAAGGGGCUCGGCAAGGGCGGCGCCAAGCGCCACCGCAAGGUGCUGCGCGACAACAUCCAGGGCAUCACCAAGCCGGCCAUCCGCCGCCUGGCUCGGCGCGGCGGCGUCAAGCGCAUCUCGGGGCUCAUCUACGAGGAGACGCGCGGCGUGCUCAAGGUCUUCCUGGAGAACGUCAUCCGCGACGCCGUCACCUACACGGAGCACGCCAAGAGGAAGACGGUCACGGCCAUGGACGUGGUCUACGCCCUCAAGCGCCAGGGUCGCACUCUCUACGGCUUCGGCGGCCAGCACGGCCUGGAUGUUGGGCAGCACACCGCCCUGCGCGAUCGUCACCUUGCCCAGCAGCUUGUUGAGCUCCUCGUCGUUGCGGAUGGCGAGCUGCAGGUGGCGCGGGAUGAUGCGCGUCUUCUUGUUGUCGCGGGCCGCGUUGCCCGCCAGCUCCAGGAUCUCGGCCGUCAGGUACUCCAGCACGGCCGCCAGGUACACCGGCGCGCCCGCGCCCACGCGCUCCGCGUAGUUGCCCUUGCGCAGCAGCCGGUGCACGCGGCCCACGGGGAACUGCAGCCCGGCCCGCGACGAGCGCGACUUGGCCUUGGCCCGCGCCUUGCCGCCCUGCUUCCCGCGACCCGACAUCUUGCCGCGCUCCUCGCUCGCUCCGCACACAAAGCACCGCCGACACCGACACGCAGCGACACCGACACCGCCGCCCUCAGCCCUCCGCCUUUAUAUCCCCUCCCUGCGCGCCACCGCCGCCUCCUGAUAGGCCCAGCCCUCCUCUCGGGCCACGCGCUGCCCAAUGGCGCAGCGAAUCUCACGCUGACCAAUCGCGACGGCCGCAGCGCCCAGAGGCUCCGCCCGCUCCCUCCGGGAGCCAUGGCGCGCACGAAGCAGACGGCGCGGAAGUCGACGGGCGGCAAGGCGCCCCGCAAGCAGCUGGCCACCAAGGCUGCCCGCAAGAGCGCGCCGGCCACGGGCGGCGUCAAGAAGCCGCACCGCUACCGGCCCGGCACGGUGGCGCUGCGCGAGAUCCGGCGCUACCAGAAGUCCACGGAGCUGCUGAUCCGCAAGCUGCCCUUCCAGCGCCUGGUGCGCGAGAUCGCGCAGGACUUCAAGACCGACCUGCGCUUCCAGAGCUCGGCCGUCAUGGCGCUGCAGGAGGCCAGCGAGGCCUACCUGGUGGGGCUCUUCGAGGACACCAACCUGUGCGCCAUCCACGCCAAGCGCGUCACCAUCAUGCCCAAGGACAUCCAGCUGGCCCGCCGCAUCCGCGGAGAGCGCGCGUAAGCCUUGUGAGAUGUUUGCUACCUGCUUU